AUGGCGAACCUCAUCCGCUCCCCAAAGUCCGGCAGUGACUGGACCGGCAACGACCUGGUUGCCUAUAAUAUCAAAAUACGCCUGGAACCCGCCGCGACCUUCUUCGGAGACGACGCCAUGCCCCCGCCCACGGUCGACCAGGAGAUCCUGACUACCCAGGACGCCCAAGACAUGUCGUCCGACUCCAACGCCGAGCUCAUCAAUCUGCUCGAUCUGGCCAUGAUAUGUCAGCCGAGGACUCCGCCAGUCGCGCGCACUCGGAAGGAGAUCCCUUUCUACAUCUGCGGCCAAUGGAAGCACGCAACAACAGAUGUCUGCCUCGUCGAUCGGCUGCAGAACGAUAUCCUACUCCUCGUGCAGGAAGACGAGCGCUCUCAGCCAGACCACCCGCGCGAUCCUGGUCCUCAGCUGGUCAUGGUGGGCAUCGCCCUAUUCGGUACGACGCCUACCUUUUACAAGAUCCCGGUCACCGCGGGUCUUGUGUGCGACGUGCACUACGGCGCAUACCCGUCGAAACCCACCAUAGUUUCUGUGCAUGUCCCAGAGCUCCCUAGUCCUGCCGGCCGUUACAAUGAAGGCAUGAAGCCCCUGGAUAACAGACAGGCGGUUCUGCGUUGUUACGAGGCAUUCAGAGGCAUCGUGGGCAUAUAGGGCUAUGUACUCACAUCGUGUAGAGUUCUUGAACGGACAGAUUCGGCUGCAAUGUACUACAUGUACUAGCCUGAGAUUGAGA